AUGGAUGAAACAAACUUGCUUAAAUAAAUAUAAUAGGACAAAAUUACAAUUGCAUCGGAAAUUUCAUAUAUUUCCAAAAGAAAAUUUAGAGGAUAUCAAAUGGGCAAAUUUCAGAUUAGGUUCCAAAAAUAUGUGAACGGUAUUUUUAAUUUAAUUAAAUAGCAAGAUAUCUGAAUUAUUUUAGACUAUACUUAAAGAAGAGUUUUUCGGCUUGA